CGCUUUUCUCUUUACAAAAUAAUCAGUCUAACACAGUAACAGUGUUAGGAAUAGGAGUUAGAUCUACUUACUUACUGUGUCAAAAGUCUGUAUUUUAUAAGAAGAAUAGUAUACAAAGCUAUAGAGAUUGAUCUACAUCUCUAUAUUUGAUUAAAAAUAUAUUUUUUAGCUGGCUCCCAACUUGUGGCAUCCACAUUGAGUCCAUUGACAAUGCAAAUGGAAAGUCUUAAUUCUGACCAAAUGGCAAGUAAAGCCCAGCAGAUUUGGGCAAUGUUAGAUGAUAUGGCUGAAAAUGAUCCAGCAGCCUACCAAAAGUUCAUAGAUCAACAAAUGAAAGAAGGAAGGGACAAUAUGACUUUACCAGAACCUCAUAUGUGUGUUUUGGUCACUAUGUGUACUAAGCCACCUAAGAAAUUAUACAUUAAUUUCUGCUCAUGGAAGAGAGUCCCAGAGCCAAAGAGUCCUCAAGAUCCAGUACCUGUGACUGGAAUACCAAUUACACAUGAAGAAAGUCAAGAAGGCUCAUUCGCUCUUACAUCUGUUGCUUUCAAUCCACAAGUUUUAGAAGAAUAUGGACGUAAUGCUAAGAAUCCAGUGGAUGGUGAUACUCUCAUUCAGUUAGCACUUGACUAUAUAGAAGCCCAAUGUAAUGUAAAAGUGCAUCGGACAUACACAGUCUUAUCCAAAGACAUAUUGUUUAAAGGAGACUUUGAUCAUGUCCGACUACAAUUUAAAAAUGUCUUUAAAAGAAAAGAGCCAUCCUCUGGUGAGGGUAGGGAGCAAGAGGAUGUUCUUGGAUCCAUUGAUACUGAAAACCUUCUUCAUCAAAUACUGAAUAUAUCUGGCAGCCAGAAAAUAAGUGACAAAAAAACUGUCAACUCUGUAUUGCAGAAAAACAAAGACAAAAAACUUAUUGAAGAAAUCAAAGACAUUAAAUUAACUACACCUAAAUAUUCUUUAGAAACGGUUAAUAUGAGGACAGAAAAGCAUUUAGUGUUGAAAGUUGAAUUGUGUAAUGUGAAUUCAGUAUCUCAAUGUGAAUUGGACAUUUCAGAGGAUGAUGUUUUCCUGCUUGUACCUGGCCUAUAUGAACUGAAAGUCAAGUUGCCAAAUUGUAUAAAUGAUGAGUCAGCUAAAGCAAAAUUUUGUAAAAAGACAUCAACUUUAACUGUAACAAUGCCUUUCAAAUAUUAAAAAUUACAUUUAAUUUAUAUCAGUAAACAAAUAUGUUGUAUAGCCAUUGUUGUUUUUCAUAUGGUUUAACUUUUCUUUGUUUAAUGAGUUACUUGAAAUACAUCCAGAUAGUAGCAUGAUUUUAUAACAUAAGCUCAUGCUUUAUGUUUAAAUAAUAAAAUAGAA